AUGACAGCACAAAAUAUCUCUCAAACCUUCACAGCCCCCUUCUACUUCUGCAGAGAUGGUCUAUGGGCCAACAUCUGUUACCAUGUGCAGCCCAUCCGCUGCACCAACAGCGCCCGCUGCGUGCCCAAGUACAAGGCAAUCAAGAAAUUCGUCAUCUGCAACAUCGUGGAAGCCGUGGCCGUCAGGGACAUCUCCGAGGCCAGAGUCUUCGACUCCUAUGUGCUGCCCAAACUGUACGUGAAGCUGCAUUACUGUGUGAGGUGCGCGAUCAGCAGCAAGGUAGUGAGGAAUCGGUCCCGUGAGGCACGAAAGGAUCGGACACCCCCACCCCGCUUCAGACCUGCUGGUGCUGCCCCCAGACCCCCUCCAAAGCCCAUGUAA